AUGGUCCAGACUCUCUUCCUCUCGCUGCUGCUUCCUCUCGUUGCCCUUGCUCAGGACUCGAGCUCAGGGAGCGAUCUGCCUCCCGCAGGAUACAACGGCGGUUCAGACAACCCUCAGGAUGCAGACGAUGCUGGCGCAGCAGGUUCAUCAAGGGGUGCUUUUGAGCUGUCGUCUGGCGGACUGAUAGCUAUCAUCGUGGUGGCCGUGAUUGUGGUCAUCGGUGGCAUUGGCUCAGCAACACUAUGGUGGCUUGCAAAGAAGCGCCAGUGGGACGUCCGACAAUCUAUUCGCCGUGCCUCUCGUCGUAUCACCGGGCGCUCGACAGUCAAUGUCAGCAAGCAGAAUCGUCAGAACCGCCGUGCCAGUAUCCGCCUUGCGUCGCCGCCACCUGGUAAGAACGCAAGGGCUAGGCAGGAGCGCGAUCUUGAGAAGGGGCUGCCCAUGUCGACGAAGGAAGGCCGAACGGUUACGACGAUAUCGAGCACCAUCAGAUAA